AACAACAGAGGAGGAGUUCAACCCCAAGCCAGCAAAUCCGUGCUAUUUGUGCCAUUCACUCAUUGAUCUUCUUAGUUUGUUGUCGAAUGGUUUUAAGCGCAAUUUUUCCAACUUGCAAAAGAAGCGCACUUCCCGGCAUCCACUUGGGAGAGUGGCAACACCUUAUCAAGUGUAUACAUGGGCAUCCCCUUCCUUGGAGCAUGGUAUUGAUGCCCUUCGUGCUGAAGAUGCUUUCAGCAGUAAGUUGGGGUACGAGGAACACAUCCCGGGUCAAACCCGAGACUGGAACGAAGAGCUGCAGACAACAAGGGAACUUCCUCGUCGCACUCUUCCUGAGCGCCUAUUGAGGGAACGUGCUAUCUUCAAAGUACAUAGUGAUUUUGUAGCUGCAGCAACUAGAGGUGCCAUGGCUGUCAUUGAUGGCAAUGUUAUGGCUAUUAAUCCUGGAGAAGACCCAAAAAUGCAGAUGUUCAUAUGGAAUAAUAUUUUCUUCAGUCUUGGUUUCGAUGUUAGAGAUCAUUACAAAGAGGUGGGAGGGGAUGCAGCAGCGCAUGUAGCACCGCGCAAUGAUUUGCAAGGUGUACGUGUGUAUAGUGCAGCUGAUUUAGAAGGGCUUUAUACCUUAGGCACAGUUGUUGUAGAUUAUCGUGGGUAUCGUGUAACAGCCCAGUCCAUCAUCCCUGGCAUUCUUGAGCGUGAGCAGGAACAGUCUGUUGUUUAUGGCUCGAUAGAUUUUGGUAAAACUGUUGUUACUCAUCCAAAGUAUAUGGACUUGCUGCAGAAAGCUGGUCAACAACUGAAAAUUCUUCCCCAUAAGGUUUUGAAUGAAAAGGGGGAAGAAAUAGAGCUGUGCUCAUCAGUAGAAUGCAAGGGUAUCAUUGGCAAUGACGGCCGUCACUACAUUCUUGACCUUUUACGCACAUUCCCUCCAGACGUUAAUUUCUUGGUCUCUAGUGAGAUUCAGCUAAGUGCAGCUUCAUUGGAAAUGGGUUUCCCUAUUGCUCACAAGCACAAGUUAGCUACUCUGAGGCAGGAAUUAAUUGAUGCCUUUGUGGAUAAUCGUUACGUAAUGUUCCUCAAAUUUGCUGCAUUGCACCUUCAGCAACUUAGUUGUAAAAAGCAAGAGGCCAGCAAACUUGCUGCAGUAAAGGAAAAGGAAGAAAAUGAAAAAGAGGACAAAGAAGAAAAUGAGAAAGGAAAAGAUAACAAAGAUAUAGAGGCUGAGGAAGCCAAGAAGAUUGUAGAGAAUGUGACUGAAAGUAUUGCUGCAGAAAAGCAAGUAGAGGAAAACACUAAGGACAUUAUCAAGAAGGCUGCUGCAGCAGUAGGGUCAUUGAAGGAAGCUGACUUUGAUGUGAGGUUUAAUUUGGAUGCCUUUUCCCCAGGAGUUAUACAUGCUGAUAAACAGGGUGAAAUGCUCAAGAAAGAACGGCAGUUGAUUUGUGAUGCAGCAGGGUUUUUAGCGAGUGUUCAAUUGCCCAGUCUGGUGCAUGAUCUCACAGACCAUGCUGUUGCUCCUACUGAUGGCACUACUCUAUGUGAGGCUCUACAUACACGGGGAGUUAACAUCCGUUACUUGGGAAAAGUUGCCAGUCUCUUGGCUAAAGUCCAUGAGUUGAAAUAUAUUUAUACCAUUGCAGUAGGGGAACUAAUUGCACGAUCUGUCAAGCAUCUCUUCACAAGUUACCUUCAGCGUGUUGAAACUAUUUCUUUAUCAUCUGCUGUUGCCCACUUUCUCAACUGUUACCUCUCUUCUUGCACCAGUCCACAUGCUUCUAACAAAAAUGAUGAGCUUCUCUCAAAGAAGAAAAAGAGGAGACACCCAUUUAACAACAGCCUCUCACAUUGGGCAGCAUUUUCUCCCAAAUCUCUUUGGAAUCGUAUUAAAUUAGAACUCAAAGAUUACUAUGACUGGACUUUGGAAACAGACACAGUAGAUAGCGCCAUUCAAAAGUAUGGCCUUCAGAAAGUAGCACUUCUGAGAACCUUUUGUAUGAAAUCAGGUGUCCAGCUACUUCUCCGUGAUUACAGCUUUGACACCAAGUCUCAGGAAACUUUCCAUGAGCAAGACAUUCUUAACUUGUUUCCAGUUGUAAAGCAUAUCAAUCCACGGGCUACUGACGCCUUUAACUUGUACACUGCUGGCCAGACCAAGACACAGCAAGGGUUCUUAAAAGAUGGUUAUGACCUUAUUAGUGAGGCUUUGAAUCUUUUAAAUAAUGUUUAUGGCGCCAUGCAUCCAGAAAUAGCACAGUGCCUUCGCAUGCUGGCUCGCUUGAAUUAUAUCAUGGGCGAUCAUGUUGAAGCUAUGUCAUUCCAACAAAAGGCAGUACUCAUGAGUGAGAGGGUAAAUGGUAUUGAUCAUCCAUACACUAUCACAGAGUACACUCACUUAGCACUCUACUGCUUUGCCAACCAACAGGUGAGUGUGGCUUUAAAACUGUUGUACCGGGCUCGUUACUUGCUCUUGGUAAUCCAUGGUGAGGUUCACCCAGAAAUGGCCUUGAUAGAUUCUAACAUUGGUUUGAUCCUCCAUGCUGUAGGUCAGUAUAGCCUUUCUCUCCAGUUUUUGGAAAAGGCCUUAGAACUCCGUAUAAAAUUCUUUGGUGAUAAAAGUUUAAAAGUUGCUCUUAGUUACCACCUUGUUGCUAGGACGCAAAGUUGCAUGGGAGAUUUCAGAGGUGCUCUCAAAAAUGAAAAGGAAACUUUCACAAUAUACAAGACUCAACUUGGACCAGAGCAUGAGAAGACGAAAGAAGCCGACGAAUGCUUACGUCAUUUGACCCAGCAGGCAGUUGUUAUGGCGAAAAAGAUCAGUGAAGCAUUCAACGGCCGCAGUACCCUUGGCCUUCCACCAAUUCAGAUUCAGCCACCGUCUAUGAGUAGUGUAUUAGAACUUCUCAAUAUCAUUAAUGGUAUUCUCUAUGUACAGAUCACCCCGGAAGAAAUUGAGCGUGUGCGUGCAGAGUUGGAAAAGGGCCAGGCAAAAGCAUUGAGGGAAAAAAGUUUAGCUGAAAAUGUACAUAGUACUGACAAAAAUGAGGGAAAUGAAGCAAAGAGUGAAGAGAGUGAUGCAAAAAGCGAGGAAAGUGAAGGUGAAUCAAAAAGUGUAAAUAAAUGUGAAGAGCGAAAGAGUGAAGAAAGUGAUGUCAAAAGUGAAGAGGACGAGAGUUUAAAGGCAAAUGAAGUUGACGUCAAAAGUGAAGAGGAAGAAGAAAUAGCAAGUAGGUGAAAAUGAAUAUAAAAUUAAAUUUGUACACAGAGCUCAAAAUUUUUUUUUUUUUUGUUUGUGUGUUUGAAGUCAAAAAAUGGGCUGAGGUAGCACAAUUGAUUGGAUAAUUACACUACCUUUGAAACCAUUACCUCUUCACUCAAUGUACCAAUGCCUCAUAAAAGUUCCUCAGUAAGUGGGGGCAGGCUGUGAUCAAAUCACAGCAACAUGGACAGCUCGUGUUCUGUGUCAAGCGUAGUCAAAUGUUGUAGUUCAUAUAGAAUUAAGUCUUUAUUUUUUAUGAAGCCUCUAGUUUUGUAUACAUAAAUAGCUGCAGUUAUUGUAAUAUAAAAAUACUAUAAACUUGGUUUGGUUGAUUUAAUAGAAAUAGUUGACAUUCCACUGUACAGCUUGAGCUAGUAUAUGCAAGAGACUGGACAGCUGUUUGGUUAGGUCCAUAUUAGCUGUUCAGUACCUUGCAAUACAUUAAUGAUGCUCAGAAAUGUUUUCAUUCUUUUAUACGACCAUGUUGUCAUCAAACCCAUAAAUUUAUGUUGUGGGUAGCCUUUUUUUUUUUUUUUUUUUUUAUUUAGCCUAAUAAGGGUUGCUAGAAGUUGUUGUCUUAAAUAUUAAUAUAAAUUUCUAAUUGUUCAUAAUUAAAUAUUUGUUGCAAAGCAUUUAUUAGUUGAAUAUUUGGAAUUACCUCUUUCCAAAUUAAGCCAUUUGCUCUACUUACUAAGUAAUGUAGGGGAGGUGCAAAUAUUGUUCCGGUGCUGAAGAUUUAUUAGAUACUUAAAUUGUAAUGUGCAAUACUUUCACCUUUAUAUAAAACAAUAGUGAAUGGAAGUUCUAAAAGUAAUUUAACGCAUUAUUUGACAGAAUUUUCUUUUAGGAAAUUAAUUUGAGAGUGGAUAUUGGGCACCUAUCUGCAUUGUUCAACUCACAACCCAUGGAUGAAUAAUUAGUUUCUCAAAAUAGUGACAUACAGUCAUGCUUCUCUUAACAACGGGGAUAUGUUCUGAGAAAUGUGUCAUUAGGCAAUUUCAUCAUUGUGUGAACAUUUUCAAACUGUUCAAGGAGCUUGUUGAGUCUGCAAAAGCUUCUGUUAAACCCUUCACUGUGAAUUUUGUACACUUAUGGGCCAUGAUGAACAAAACACAAGAUUAAAUCAAGCACAAGGAAAAAUGAUGCUGUUAAGAGAUGUGGUAAACACGAGAUGUAUGAGGCUGCUGCCGACAUAACGUGGUAUACUGUUUUACAGUAAACUUUUUUUUUUUUAAUAAGUAGAAAGAGUACACUAGAAUAAUGCUGACAAGUACAGUAUAUACAUAAGUACAGUAAAUACAUAAGACAGUAAUGUAUGCAAUUGUUUAUUAUCGUUAUCAGUAUUAUGUACCACAAUAAGAAUUUUUCAGCUACAUUAUAAUCUGGGACCACUGUCGAAUAUACAGUCCACUGUUGACUGAAACAUCAUUAUGCGGCGCAUGACUGUAAUUUGCUGGUACGGAAUGCUCAUCAAUGUUACAAAAAAAAUCGAGUACAAAUUCAGUGCUUCAUAGCUAAUUGUUAAUGAGGUAUUAAGAGCAAGGUGCAGCAUAAUGAGGAUUCCUUGUGUAAGAAAUUUACAAAUUAAUAAUUGAUGAUAAAUUGUAUUCAUGAAUUCACUUUAGUAAUACUGAAUGUUUUAACUUUGUCAUUAGACCUGAAGGAUUUGGAUUAUUGAAGAGAAUAUGACCUUGGGUCAUAUUUCACUGUAUUCAAUCAAAAUGUGCUACUGUAUAAAAAUUUAUAAUACGUAUAUGCACAAAUGAACCUACAUGGGGAAAAACAUACGAGUGCUGUGUAUUUUAAGUUUGUACCGAGGCCCUCUAUAGCAAACUUGAGCAUGUUAAGAAUCAUGACCAUAAUAACUGGGUAGCUGCUUCCAUUACAUAUAUAUUUCUUCAACAAAUUGUAUAUAGGGUAUAAACGCAAAAUCCGCGAGUUAUGAUAGCAUCACAACGUGUUUUUCAGCCACUCUCAAAACCAGUUGAAACCUGAUAUCACUCCCCUGAAGUCAUGCAUUUUUUUGUUCCAGAAUUUGGUUUCAUGCAACCUGACUUUGUAUACUAGCUUCAUUUCAUGUGACCUGCCUUUGUAUAUAAGCUUCAUCUCAUGCACACAUGUUAGUUUGCUGCAAAGGGCCUCAGUGUGAUGGUAACCUGUACAGUACUCCUGUUAUUUGAUAUUUUAUCAUCACAAUGUGGGUUUUUGCCAGUAACCAGUGUAUAUUAAACUUGUAUAUGAUUGUGUGUACAGUAUUUCAUACUUUAGGCAAGAGUCAGACAGGCAAGCUUAGUUUACCACAUAGGUGGAUCUCUUUCAAAAACAAACUUCUGAUUUCUCUAUUAGACAUGAUUUUGUGAACAUCUUAGGUAAGCUUAAAUUUAGUUAUUAUUUAGAACCAAUAAAAUAUGUCAGUUUUGAAAUUGAUUUUCUGGACAUUACUACUGCAGUGAAUUUACAUUGCUUGAUAAAAUGAUUGUUGUUUUUAUGCAAAGAUUGUAAGCCUUCCCUAAAAUGUAUGUGUUAUAUAUUAUACACUAUGUAUAUAUCUGUAUCUGUAUAUACUGUGUACACAAAAUAUGCAUUCUAUUUACUUCCAAGAAGGUUACAGGGACAUGAUCAAGUGAUGACAAACCACAGCAUCCCCACCAAACAUUAAGACAUGGUUCUUCCCACCUUCAAAAUUCAAAUCCAUCUUGCUAAUAUUUUUUCUUUUUUAAUUCUUCAUAGGUAUUAAUGUGCUUGUGCUCCAAUAGCACUACAAAUUCCAAAAAUUUAUGCCACCAAUGCUAGAUCCUCAAGUCCUUACCUCUUUAAAUCUUCACAUCUUCAUUUCAACCCUUACCUGGGUUUUGUGCUUCCCAUGGAUAUAAUCCAACCUUUUCUUGCACUAAACUGUCCACCCUGAGUUUACACACCUCUCAACGACCCCAUCUUGCUUCACCCUUUCUACUCGUCCAGACCAUAUCAAUAUUUUACCUAAUCUUGGAAUUAUACCUUUUGCAUCACAUUGUCUUUCAAAUUUCUCACUUGAUUAAUUUCUGCAUAAUCACACUAAGCAUUGAUCUCAACCAUUACAUUUCCACUGCUUGCAACCACCACUUUUUUUUUUAAAUAAAAAAAAAAACACUCUCCACAUGUAAAAUAUGUACAGUAUCUAUAUAUAUAUUUUUUCCCCACCAGCCAGGAGUCUCCGACCAAGGUAGGGUGACCCAAAAAAAAAGAAGAAACACUUCACUGUCAUUUACUCAAUCACUUGAAAGAGGCACAUUGAUUCUACAGCUGAGUUGCCCCUCCAGACUGCAUGUAUCCCCACCCAUCCCUCGGAGUGUGGGAAAAAAUAAGGUAAUGAGGGUAACAAACGAUUUAGGUAAUGAAAAAAUUGGAUAUCAGAUGGGAAGGAGGGAGUAUGGAGGAAAUGUGUUUAGAUAUUUAAGAAUGGAUUUAUCAGCAGUUGGGUUUAUGAAAAGUGUAGCCCUUGUGGUUUAGCGCUUCUUUUUGAUUAUAAUAAUAUGGAAAGUGUGGUGAACCAUAGAAUUAAUGAGGGUGCGUGAGCGUGUUAGAUAGGAGUGAAUGGAGACGAAUGGUACUUGGGACCUGACGAUCUGUUGGAGUGUGAGCAGGGUAAUAUUUAGUGAAGGGAUUCAGGGAAACCGGUUAUUUUCAUAUAGUCGGACUUGAGUCCUGGAAAUGGGAAGUACAAUGCCUGCACUUUAAAGGAGGGGUUUGGGAUAUUGGCAUUUGGGAGGGAUAUGUUGUGUAUCUUUAUACGUAUAUGCUUCUAAACUGUUGUGUUCUGAGCACCUCUGCAAAAACAGUGAUAAUGUGGGAGUGUGGUGAAAGUGUUGAAUGAUGAUGAAAGUAUUUUCUUUUUGGGAUUUUCUUUCUUUUUUUGGGGUCACCUGCCUCUGGUGGGAGAUGGCCGACUUGUUGAAAAAAAAAAAAAAGGUGGGUGGUGCAAUGAGGCAUCUGUUUAGAUAGAAUGCUAUCUGUGAAGGCAAAAAGGGGAAUGUAUGAGAGUAUAGUGGUACCAAAACUUGUAUGGGUGUGAAGGAUGGGUUGUGAAUGUUGCAGAGGGAAGAAGGCUGGAAGCACUGGAGAUAUGCGUGAGGGCAGUGUGUGGUGUAAAUAUUAUGCAGAGAAUUUGAGUUUGGAGAUUAGGAGGAGGUGCAGGGUUACUAAAAGUAUUAUCCAGAGGGUUGUUGAGGUGGUUUGGACAUAGAGGUGAUGGAGCUAAAUAGGAUGACUUGAAGGGUAUCUAAAUCUGAAGUGGAGGAAAGGUGGAAGUAGGGGUUGCCUUUGGAAAGCUUGGAGGGAGGAGGUAAAGAAGUUUCGUGUGCAAGGGGCUUGGACAUCCAGCAAGCAUGUGUGAGCGUGUUAGGAAUGAAUGGAAACAAAUUUUUGGGGAGGACUUGCUCUGCUGUUGGAAUGUGAACAAGGUAACAUUUUGUGAAGGGAUUCAGGGAAACCAGUUAGCCAGACUUGACUCCUGAAUGUGGGAUGUACAGUGCCUGCACUCGGAAGGAGUGGUGGAGAUGUUUGCAGUUUGGAGGGGCAUCUGAACUGUAGUAUCUGCACACCUCUGGCAAGACAGUUGUGGACUGAAUGAUGGUAAGUUUCUUUUUCAGGUCACUUUACCUCAGUGGGAAAUGACUGCUGUGAAAAAAAAAAGUGUGACAACAGUAUAAUUGUUUUCUUCACACACCUGAAAACAUAAUUUGGUUGGUGGAAGUAAAUGGCAGUUAAAACAGUCGUAAAUUUUGUGCAGCUUUUAGAGUGCCUUGUGAUAUUUUGUUACUGAGAAAGAUCAUAAGAAAGCAAUACCUUUUAUCUUUUAGCUUCCAUUAAACUGGUUAAUCUGAUUCAUGUUACAUGUUAUAUAGAGAGCUUUGUGCUCCUGUAAUAAAGAUUUGUAGAUAAAAAUCAUUGUUAAUAGCCACGUGCAAUGUAUCUCUUUUUCUAUGAACAUCAAAUGAAAAUAAAUAUAUCGAAACGACAA